GGCAUGUGCUUGGUGGGGCCGGCGUAAUCGUGCCUUUCAUUUGCUCCGAUGUCCGUCGAGGAGGAGUAAAGGUGAACAAGGUAUAAAGAGGGCAGGUGGGGCGACGGUCGGCGUACGCCAACUCAGUCUUUCUUCAUCCACGAAUCAAUACCUCGACAACUUGCAAGAUAUUAUAACCAAGAUGCCACUUUUCGGACACAGGCGCUCGACCUCCCCCUCUAACGCUGCGGCCACACCCACACCCGUCAACAAUGCACCGGUCAAUGAUCCGGCUUACAAUAACACGACUACGACCGGCCGUACCGGGAGCAUCUUCGGCCGCAACAGGCGCAACGAGAACGUGGACGAUAUCAAUGGAUACAAUAGCGGCAAUGACAGAUACGGCAAUGGCGUGCACCUAGCGAACCAGAUUGGUAUGGCGAGCGGGGACGACAUGGCCGAACCUCGCUGCAGCGGGUCCGGCAGCUUCUUUUCUCGCAACAGCAGGAACACAUCGCUUGACUCUCAGAAUAUUCCCGUAUCACUGGAGCAUGCCCAUGCCAAGCUUGACGCUGCCGUCGCCUCCGAGCGCGCGGCCGAUUCGGCGCUCAGAGAUGCUCGUGAUAUGGUAGACCGUAUCGAGCGCGAAGCGCGCAGGGAGGCAGACGUCGCGGCGGCGAAGCUGAAAGAAGCGAGAACGAUGAGGAAGACCGCCGGAGGACUGGGCAAGUUUGGAACGGCUUGAGCACUUAUGGUUGGCCAUCCCACUGUUGCUUCCGUAAUGUCCUGUAUUCCUAUCGAAUCGUUAGUCCUGACACGAUUUCGAUCUACCAAUAUCUCAACACCAACAAUCCUUACUCGGAGCUUUACAUAAUGCGUUCCUUGACCAAAUAGUUUGUAUUUCGUAUAUAGCUGAUCAGUCAAU